UCAUCCUGGAGUGAAUGAAGAAUACGCGCACACCUCCGGGAUUACAGCUCAUGCGUUAUCAUGAAUAGAGGCAGGUGCACAACUUCAAACGAUGAAUUCUGCGAGCGCAAAACUACGCGAUCUACCUCGCUCGGCUGAUGUCCUUGUUCAUGUAUGAGACAUUAUUCGUUCAUCGCCGUCUGCCCGAUCAUCACUUCUCCACUCUCAUCCCGCAGCUUUCCUCUUUUCAUCUGUGCGUCCGUGUAAAAUGGAAAUCUGAAGCGCUCCACUUUCGCAGUUUCUCACCUUUCAAAGAAAAAGCUGCAGGGCGGCCCUCGUGGCCGGGAUGCCACUGUGUACCCUGUCAGUCGGCGGUGGAUCCUGAGGGGCAGGAGCUGCCCACCCAGUGCAGGGGGCAGAGGAACAAGCACCCUGACCUCGACAUGAAUCUCUGCUGGAACGAGAUCAAACGCAAAUCCCACAACAUCAGGGUACGGCUGGAGGCCUUUUCGGACAACAGCGGGAAGCUCCAGCUGUCCCUGCAGGAGAUCAUCGAAUGGCUGACAGCUAAAGACGAGGAGCUGUCCGAGCAGCUGCCCAUAGGUGGUGAUGUGGGAGCGGUGCAGCACCAGCGGGAGUUCCACCAGGCUUUCAUGGAAGAUGUCAAAUCCAGAGGGCCCUACAUCUACUCGGUGUUGGAAUCAGCUCAGACCUUCCUGGCACAACACCCCUUCCAGGAGCCUGAGGAGACAUUGCCUGAUGGCAAAGAAGGCUCUCCUCGCCGGCGAAUGCUGAAUGUAAGUCGCUCCGUAUGGAAGCAGGCCAAUGUGGCCAGUGACCUGUGGGAGAAGUUGACGGCGCGCUGCAUGGACCGACACCGGCACAUGGAGCGAACCCUGGAGAGGCUGCUGCAGAUCCAGGCCGCCAUGGAGGAGCUGGCUGUGGCUCUGGAGCAGGCGGAGGGAGUAAGGGACGCCUGGGAGCCUGUGGGAGACCUGUUUAUUGAUUCGCUGCAGGACCAUAUAGACGCUACCAAGCUAUUUAAAGAAGAGCUGACCCAGGUGAAGGAAGGAAUGAAACACAUAAAUGACCUGGCCCACCAGCUGGCCAUAUCUGAUGUGCACUUGUCCAUGGAGAACGCCAGAGCUCUGGAGCACCUCAACAACAGAUGGAAACUUCUGCAGGGGUCUAUUGAAGAACGUCUGAAACAGUUGCAAGAUGCCCACAGAGAUUUUGGCCCCGGAUCACAGCACUUUCUUUCCAGCUCUGUCCAGAUUCCUUGGGAACGUGCCAUAUCCCCCAACAAAGUGCCAUACUACAUCAACCAUCAGGCUCAGACAACCUGCUGGGACCAUCCAAAGAUGACUGAAUUAUACCAAGCUCUGGCGGACCUGAACAAUAUCAAGUUCUCUGCAUACCGGACUGCCAUGAAGCUGAGGCAUGUGCAGAAGGCUUUAAGAUUGGACCUGCUGAAGUUAAGCAGCGUGGUGGACGUGUUUCGAGAACAGGAGCUGCAGCAUGCCGAGCACGUGAUGGAUGUGGUGGAGGUCAUUCACGCUCUCACUUCCCUGUAUGAGAAACUAGAGGAGGAGAGGUCCGUCCUGAUCAAUAUCCCCCUGUGCGUCGACAUGUGUCUCAACUGGCUGCUGAAUGUUUACGACAGAAUGAGCAGCAUGCAUGAGGAUGAUAAUGACAAGCUCUCAGUCAAACAAGAAAGCCAAACAAGUGGUCGUAAUGGUAAGAUGCGAGUGCUCUCCUUCAAGACGGGCCUGGUUAUUCUAUGCAAUGCAGACAUCCAGGAAAAGUAUAAAUACCUUUUCAGACAGGUGUGUGGUCCAGGUGGACUGACAGAUCAGAAACAUCUCAGCCUGUUACUACACGAGGCUAUUCAGAUCCCUCGGCAGCUCGGGGAAGUGGCGGCAUUUGGAGGAAGCAACGUGGAGCCCAGUGUCCGCAGCUGCUUUCGAAUGGCUCCAGGUAAGUCAGCUAUCGAGGUGUCUCACUUUCUGGAGUGGAUGAGCCUAGAGCCUCAGUCUGUGGUGUGGCUUCCUGUUCUACACCGGGUAACUGUGGCCGAGACAGCCAAGCACCAGGCACGCUGCUACAUCUGUAAGCAGUGCCCUAUCAAGGGCUUCAGAUACCGAAGUCUGAAACAGUUCAAUGUGGACAUCUGCCAGACGUGUUUUCUGACAGGCCGGACUACCAAGGGCAAGAAACUACACUACCCCAUCAUGGAGUACUACACCCCGACGACGUCAGGCGAGAAGAUGCGGGACUUCGCAAAGACGCUAAAGAACAAGUUCCGCUCGAAGCAGUAUUUUAGUAAACACCCUCAGAGGGGAUACCUGCCCGUUCAGUCAGUACUGGAGGUGGAGAGCUCUGAGACCUCAUCAGGCUGGGAGGCCAUCUGGCUGCUCAGGCCCUGCUCAUCUCCCAGGCUGCCUCAUGCGGACACACACAGCCGGAUUGAGCAUUUUGCCAGCAGGUUGGCAGAAAUGGAGAACCAGAGCUGUUCCUUUUUCACCGACAGUCUCUCUCCAGAUGAAAGUUUGGAUGAAGAUCAGUACCUCCUACGUCACUCCAGCCCUGCCCUUGAGCAGGACUCCCCCCACGGCCACCUGCUGGCCCACCUGGACUGCCAGGAUAGAGAAGAGCUGCAGCGCACCCUCCAACGCCUGGAGAACGAGAACAGGGUGCUGCAGGGUGAGUAUCGGCGGCUGAAGUGGAAGCAUGAAGAGGCAGCAUCUUCACCCCAGCUGCUGGAGUCGGGUCCCGGUUCACCGGCCGGUCAGCAGGACGAGGAGCUCCUAGCCGAGGCUCGAGUCCUUCGACAGCACAAGACCCGCCUGGAGACGCGCAUGCAGAUUCUAGAGGACCACAACAAGCAACUGGAGUCCCAGCUACACAGACUCAGAGAACUACUGCUGCAGCCCAAAGACGACUCGGAGGCCAAUGGCUCAGAUCCUUCUUCUCUAUCGUCUCCUGUGUCAGGGGGUGGCCACCAGGGGGAGCCUCCCAGUAGAGAGACCACAGACACAGAAGCUGCAGGUGAAGAUUUGGAUCAUGAGCAGGACACCGUACUGCAGCUGCAGCAGGUAAUCGAACAGCUGAGGAACGUCUUCCCAUCUGAGCCAGGUCCAUGAGGAACCUGAAGCAAAACUCAGAGGCCUAAAAUUGUGCAGGCGUCGUAUUGCUCAUCUUAUUGUGGGCAGGGUCUUGAGAAUGCAGGGCUGGCGAAUCCAUGGACAGACGAGGCGGCAGCGAGAAGAGUUUCAAGACAACCUUCUCAGCCUGCGGCCAUUUGCCAAUCCCAAAGAGCUGUGGGAUAUCUGAGUGCUAACUAAACAAACUAAGGUUUACAUGGUGCCAAAGGCCUGCACUGAUCCGGACACUGUGCUAAUCCGUGUCGUAAUGCAAAGUGUGUGGCUUCGUCAGUACAGCACAAGAACCACAAACAGGACUUACACCAGGGAUCCUCAAAUCUGGCCCACGAGAUCCACUUUCCUGCAGAGUUUAGCUCUAACCCUAA